AGGAAGAGAGACGGGAGGAGAGAGAGAGUGGCAGAGAGAGAGAGAAAGAGAGAGAGAGAGAGAACUUCACAGGCAACUGUGUUCAUUGACUGCAAAUGAGCUUGGAGUCACAAACAUCGGAGGUCCAUUUCAAGCGACCGGAGAGGAAUACUAGGACUUUGAUGGGCAUUUAGGGACUUGUUCCGUCAACAACUUCAAUGAAGUUGGGUCCUUUAAUAGAAGACAGAGCACCUACUCCACCGCUGUCAGAAACCAACAGACGUAAGUGGGCUAUAGAACUAUAGGAAGAGGGUAUAAAGCAGAGGAUUUUUUCCCCACUCGCGUUUGCUUCAGGCAGCUGCUCCGCUCUCCAUCUGUGUGCAAAGGCUGUUAAAAAAAAAAGAGGGCAAGAGGAAAGAAAAGAGUGGGCCCCUGGUUGUGGGGAUGAUGAUGUCGUCUCCUUCCUCUCUGGAUGCAGAACCUGUUGAGCAGUGAGCUGCAGCAGCAGCAGUGAGUAGCAGAGGAACCAGAGGAACCAGAGGCGACCGCACGAGAGUUCCUAGGAGUGCCAGCUCUCCCAACCCCUUUCUGACUGCCUGCCUGUCUGGUGAACCCCCCUCCCCUCCACGCACUCCUCUGCCUCUCCCUGCUUUUGCCCUCCCCAGCAUGUCCCUUGCUGCGCAGCCCUCGGCAAGCCUCGAAGUACCGCGACUACGAUGUGGAGAUGGACAGUGAGCGGCGUGUGUCAGGGUAAGGGUGCGUCCUCUGCCCGCUCCACCCCACCGCAUUGCUCCCUUUCCCUCUCCCUCUCCCUCUCCCUCCUGCUACUGGCACUGGUGCUGCUCGGCCGGCCGCCACCCGUCUCCGCCACCAGCAUCCGCCACAGAGCUUGUGGCCGGGCGCGGCACUCGCCACCGGCCCACAAUGCGUCAGCGGUGCCCGCGCCGGCCGGGCGGCACGUGCGCAGCUACAACCACCUCCAGGGCGACGUGAGACGCAGGAAGCUCUUCUCCUUCCAGAAGUUCUUCCUGAGGAUCGACGAGAGCGGCGCGGUCAACGGGACCAAGAGCAAGGAUGACCCGCUCAGUAUCCUGGAGAUCACAUCAGUUGAUGUGGGCAUUGUGGCCAUCAGGGGUCUCCAUAGUAACUAUUACUUGGCAAUCAACAAAAAAGGAGAUCUCCAUGGAGCAAGAGAAUACAGCAGUAACUGUAAGCUCAAGGAGCGAAUAGAAGAGAACGGCUACAACACUUAUGCAUCGGCCGAGUGGAGGAACAGGAAACGGCAAAUGUUUGUUGGCCUGAGUGCAAAUGGAAGACCUCUACGAGGGAGAAAGACCAGGAGAAAGAACUCAGCCACGCACUUCCUCCCAAUCAUGGUGUGAUCAAAAACUGACGUGUCUGGCUGAAGAGAUGAGAUGGAAGAAAAAGACUAAACGAAAAAUAUAGUGUACAUCUAUGAGAUUUCUCUCUUACCCGAAGGCACUACUCUGCUGGAAAAAGACUAUUUCUAAACCCAUUUCUAUCAUCCUUUACUUGUUUGCGAUUCUCUUUUGCAUCUGCGGCACUGGACGAACUAUGAAGCCUUCGUGCCAAAUGGUGGGAAAUCAGUGAACAACAAGCAAGUUGAUGAUGGGUGGAUUGCUUCCCUCAGCCUACUGCAACAUAUAAGUUAUGAGCAGUCAUGGUUUAUGAACAGUAAUAACUUUUAAGGUGGCAGUUGCAAAGCUGAAUCUCAAAGCAGAAGACCUGUGUAUGUACUAUCACACUGGCAACAUCAGAAAAUACCCUGCAUACACCAAUAGAGGCACUCUGAUGAGAUUUAAGGUAUACUUUUGAGAUAUAGAUUCAAACUAAAGCAUUUGCAUUUUUAAACAGUGCUUUUUGACUCCUUUGAGAUAAAUUAUUUAUUUGUAUAAUAUUUAAAUGGAAAAAACAUGCAAAGUGGACAGCAUUUCUAUACUUUCUAUGAAAUAAAUUAAGCUAUUUUCUCAUCCUUA